AUGACGGAUGCGCAAACAAAUGGCCCUCAGGCUACGGCCUCGCUGCUUUCCCGGUUCACAGAUGGCGCCUACAUCGAUGUCUUGACGUCUUCAGUGGCUAAGGAUCUUAUUACCAGAUUUACCACCAGUCUUCAAGCCCAGACCGGCGGAGAAAAUGCCAAUCCCACAGCAACGUCAAAAGAGUCACUAUCUGAAGAUGAGAUCGCUAUAGGUCUUGCCGCCCUCAACGCGUUUUUGCAGUCAAACGUCACGGGUCCCGUGCUGGAGCACGCUCACAAGGUAGAAGCACUCUUCACUGAGGCCUUCACGGCAGGCAAUGACGAAAGAGGAUCAUCAGCAGACACCCUCAAGGCGCUACGCAAAGACAGUCUCAAGGCCCUCGAAGUCGACGGCGUCUCACCGUAUCCUUAUAUCCCGCACAUCGAGCUCUUUGCGCUCGCCCGCUUUGUCUUCCACGAAGCCUCCUCGGCCAGCGAUGCCAUCAUCAAGCUCUCUUCUUCUGCCUCAUCCCGCCUGAGUCUGCCCUGGGCCCGCCUACGCGUCAACGUAUGGCACUUCAAGCUGCUCAGCCAGCCGUCCCUCGGCCCCGGCGCCAACUUUGCAAAGGCAUCGCAGUGGAUUGACGUCCCGACGCUGGCGGAGCAGAUUAACCUCGGCAUCGAGACCGUCCGGAAGCAAAUCCUUGACGAGGAUGUGUGGUCGACGAGCGAGGAGGCCUGGUCACGCGAAGAGAGGGUGCAGUUCUUGCUUGAGGUGUCCAACACGCAAAUUAUGCUCGGCCGCGAUGACCGGGCGCGCGAGGCGCUAGAGGAGGCGACUAAAUUGAACAACUUUGCGUACGCGCUCUCUGGUGCGCUGGGAAAGAGGACGAAAUUCCAGGAGAAGAGCACGAGUCAGCUUGUUGUUCUCGCAAAGAGCGAUGCAACGACCGAGGGCGAGGGGUCGGCAGCAGAUGACGAGGAGGCCAAGCCUGAGGCUGUUGCCCUCAACGAUGAUACCCUGCUUGAAGAGAUUCAGUUCUCCAAGGAGGCGAGCGGCAAGCAUGGAGAGCUCGCUGCCACAUCUUCAGGGCUUCCCGCGGCGCUGGCAGAUUUGUCUCCAGAGGCGCAGCCGCAGCUGUCGCCCCUCGACCAGAUUAUUCUCCUUACUGAAGCAACACUCAAGGACACCUUCUCUCCCGUCGACACUCUGACCUCAGAGGAGGUCCUCCCCUACGCCGUGCGCGUGGUUUCGGACAAAGCUACAAACUGGCAAAUCUACUCGCAAGCACUGCUUGUCCGCUCCCGCAUUGAAGUUCACCGCAGCAGAACAGUCGAAAGAGGUGUUCUGCAAAUGCAAGCCGUCGUGGACCAAGUCGUCGUCGACACCUCGGAAGCACCCCGCCCGAAAGCCGAAGAUGUCGCCAACAACGAACCCGCCGACGUCCCCGCCAUCGCCGUCUCUGCCCCAGGUGAGCCCGAGAUCGACACUGCCGUCGCGGCACCCGUCGACACGGAGAAGCCCACAUCUUUCUUCCCCGCCGCCAAGGAAACGGAUACCGCCCCCGCCCACGUCCGGCUGCAGUACAUCCACGCACUCUCUUCCCCUCCCAAAUGGCACCUCGAGUCCGAACUCGCCUAUUCAUGGGCCGGUGUCGGCUCCCUCGUCUCCGCCCUCGAAAUCUUCAAGCGUCUGCGCCUCUGGGCCGAAGUCGCGCUCUGCCUCGCCAGCAGCGCCUCCAACGACGACGACUCAGGCCGCGGCAACGGCGGCGAGGAGAAGGCCAAGGCGCUCGUGCGCUGGCGGCUGUUCCAUCGCACGGGACAACCUCUCGUCGAGAACGCGGAUGCUGAUGCGGAGGACCUUGACGCGCGGGAUGUGACGUACCUCAACCCUGCCGACUUCAUCGGCCCCGAACGAAGUCCGCCGCCGCCAAACGCGCCGAGGCUGUUUUGUAUCCUCGGUGAUUUGGAGAACGAGCCGGCGCACUGGGAGCGGGCUUGGCAAAUUUCGAACCGGCGGUUUGCGCGCGCGCAAAAGUCGUUGGGAGAGUGGUACCUUUCGCAAAAGGAGUGGACCAAGGCGCAGGACGCGUAUAAGCUCGCGACGCAGUGUAACCGGCUGAGUCCCGAGAUGUGGAGCCGUUUGGGCGAUAUCAGUCUCCGGCUGGGCCAGUUCCCGGAUGCCGCGGAGGCGUAUAGUCGGGCGAUUGGCGCCGCUGGGGAUGUCGUUGGCGGCGAGGACGCGAGGACGUGGAGUAACUUGGGUAGUUCGCUUUGGAGCAUGUACCUCGAGGCCGUGGAGGAGGUCAAGAAGCAGAUGAUCGAGGAGAAGAAGAAUGGCACGGCGGAAGCAAAUGCGUCAACCGAAGAAGCAGAGGACGAAGAUGACGAGGAGCCGAAGAAGCGGGAGAGCAAGGCCAAGGACCCGGCUACGUUGCUAUCCCAGUCCCUGGCGGCCUACAAGCGCGGCGCAUCGAUCGCGCAGGAUAAUUGGCGCAUCUGGGACAACGUCCUCACCCUCGCGUCGCGGAUGCGUCCGCCCGCCGUCUCGGAGAUGGUGCAGGCCCUCCGCGCCAUCAUCCGCAUCCGCAACACCGAGGACGCGCUCGACGACGACGUCCUCCGCGCGCUGCUCCAGGAGAGCGUGCUCACCAAGGAAAAGGAGAAUGACGAGAGUAAGACGGGGGUAUACGUCCCGCCGCGGGGUACUAUUGAGAAGGCCGUCGUUGCGCUUUUCGAGGAGAGUGUUGUGCCGCUUAUCACGACACGGUCAGAGCUGUGGGAGCUUGUUGUCCGAGAGCGGGUGUGGAGACGGGACUACGCCGGCGCCGUGGAUGCUGCGGAGAAGGCUUGGAGGGCGGCGAUGGGGGCCGGUGCAGGCGGUGGGUUGAAGGCUUCUUCGGCGGGUUCGGGCGGGGCCGGGGACGAUUUGAGCCGGAAUUGGCUUGCGGAUAAGGGGGCGUGGAAGGUUGUUGUCGCGAGGACGGAUGAGCUUGUUAGUGUGUUGGAGAACUUUGGGAGCGAGGUUGAGAGUGUGGGCAGUCGGUGGAGGGGCAAGGCGAGGAAUCCGGUCAGGAGUGUGAUGAGUAGAGGAAAGGAGGCGUGGGAGGGGACGGAGGAGUGGGUAUUGUUGGAGGGGAUGAUGGACGGGUUGAAGUUGUGA